AUGGAACCUGCACAAGUACCUGCUCAUGUUGUUGGGAGAGCUUUUGUGAUGAAAUACUACGAGAUUCUGCAUAAUGCUCCUCAAGAUCUGCACCGCUUCUAUCUUGAGAUGAGUAAUGUUGGGCGUCUGGGACAGGACGGUGUCAUGCGUGACUUUUAUACCUUGGAUGGUAUACGUGAGGAGCUUGACACAAUGUCUUUUGGAGAUUUCAAAUCGGCUGAGAUCACAAGUUACCACACCCAAGAGUCUCACAACGGGGGUUUUAUCGUUUUGGUCACUGGCUGGUUCACUCUUAAAGAAGGGACUAAAAGGAAAUUUACACAGACUUUUUUCCUUGCUCCACAAGAAAAUGGGUACUUUGUUCUGAAUGACAUCCUGGGAUUUGACGAUGAACCCGAGGCCCUUGUUGAGGAUGGCUCUGAAACACCCUGUCCUAUUACUGCUCCUACAGGAGGCAUUCAGGGUUCUGAGCAAGCUGCAUGUGUUUCGGUUGAUUCUGUUUGUCAGGAAGUGUCUAAGCCCUUGAAUAACGACAAUGCUUCAGUUGCUACAUCUAAGCCCUUGGAUAACGACAAUGCUUCAGUUGCUAAGGAGAGUAUUCUAGUACCUGAUUCCGUCAAUGAAGAAGUUCCGAGUACUGAGAUAACUAACAAAAAAGUUGCAGGUGAUUCCAAGAAAAUUUCUGACCCAGAUAAUGGACAUGAAAAUGUUUCCAAGAAAUCUUACGCCUCUUCAAUGACUUUCAUAUACUUGAAGGUUGCAAAGGAUAAAUCUGGAGUAUUAGCUGCCUCUUCACUGUCUCCGAAGCAGAUACCCAAAAACCUGGAACAUCAAGUGACUUCAGAUGUUUCUACAGAGCAGAAAGUCAAAAAUGAAGGCCAUCAAGUGUCUACAGAUCUUUCUCCAGUGGAAAAAUCUGAAGUAGUUUCUGAGACUGUUGACGAGACUGAAUAUGGGUUUGAAGUAGUAGGUGAGGGUACAUCUAUCUAUGUGAGACAUCUUCCUGGAAAUGCCAACAUUGUCAUGCUUGAGACUGAAUUCAAGAAGUUUGGAGCUAUUGGCAAUGGUGGGAUUCAAGUUGUAAACCAAAAGGGCUUUGGUUUUCCUUACGGUUUUGUCGAGUUUAAAGACGCAGAUGCUGCCCAGAAAGCAAUAGAGGUACACAGUCUGACAAUAUAUAGAGCAAUGAGAAUCUUAACAUAUAAAAUCGAUAUUAACAUCUUCAUGGUACAGGCUUCACCUCUGAUGAUCGGUGGACAGAAAGCUUUCAUAGAGGAAAAGCGAUCUACAGCCAGAGGUAAUAGGGGAAGUGGGUAUGGCAAUAGAAAUGUGGGAGGGAGCGCUGGAAAUGAAUACGAAACUAGGAAUGUGGGAGGAGACGGAUACAGGAAUGUGGGAGGAAGGGGAGGAGGACGUUAUGGAUAUGGGAACAAUUACAAUAGGGGAAGAGGUGGUGGUGGAGGAGGAAGGUCUUUCAAUCGCAGAGGCGGCUAUGAGUACGUCGCCAGCAACAACUCAUACUAA